CCCAAAUUUUGGUUCUCCGCAAUUAAUUUUAGUUUCCCACAAAUUGUUUUUGUUUCGCACAAAAUUUCUUGGUUUUCAUUCUCCUCCUUUACCCGGUUACUUCUCUUUCCCUUAAACAUUCGAGAACUUUCUUUCUUGCUCUCUUCCUUUCGCCGCCGGCUCGCUUGAUCUCUUCUUGUCGCCAUCAGUUCUCUUUCGCUCUUAUCGGUUCUCUUCCUAUCUUCCUCUCGUCGUUGGUUCCCUUUCUUUCUCUCUUCGUCUAUUCCCCUCGCCGACUCUUAAUCCACAAAUCCUGAUGGCUCCUUCUGGCCGUGGCCGUCGCAACUCAAGCACCGCCGACAACUCUUAGACGGGUCAUGCCAUGCCACCAGGAGCUGUUGGAUCUAGAAACUCAUCUGGUCCUUCCAUGCCACACAAAGCUGUUGGCGCUACAAGUGCUGCAUCUUCAGCUGCUAAUAACAACACUCACAUGACUCUGGAAGCAUUAAUGAAUACUCCUUCCAGAGAACUUCAGUCACACCUCCAUCCAAAGAAACUCAAUGGCGCUUUAUGGUUUGGUAUAGACCCCUCUGUUCACAAGUUUAUCAAAACAACUUGGCAAGCUUACUACAUGGGACCAUGGAGGAGCUGGAAAUUCGUUCCUGAUGAGAGGAAAGAUAAGUGGUGGCAUACUUUUGUGCAAAACUACUACUGGGAGGCUCGGUUUAAUGAUACUGUCUACAACAAAUGGAAAGAGCACACACAAACUACGAUUUGUGGCAAAAUUAGCAAGAAGAAGAGAGAAAACCAGAAGCCCAAGUACAUAAGUGAAGCUGACUGGACCACUCUGCUGGAGUAUUGGUCAACUGAACCGGCAAUCAAGAAGAGCAAGGAUGCAGCUAAAUACCGCACAUCAAACCCGGAUGGAAAAGGAAUGCACAAGCAUUGUGCAGGUCCUCAAAGUUUUUUGAUGAUCGAGUAUGAUAUGAUGGUGGAGUCUGGUCUUGAUGAACCACCACCUUACACAGAGCUUGUGCGAAAGACACACACACGAGAUGGAAGUUUCAUUGAUGGUCGAGCCGAGUCUCUUGUCCUUGAAGUAGAGGAAGCCGUAGCACAGAUGGCAACUGAUUCUAUCAGCCAAACCACCUCAACCGCUGCAACUCCUUCUCGCCUUCUCCUUAACCAAGAAAUUUCUCAAGGUAAGAUAAGCCGAGGGCGAGUUUAUGGAAUCGGCAGUGUGCAGCAAAAGGAUUUCAUCCCCACUGCGUCAGUCCAUGCAUCUCUUCAACGCAGCUUGGAUAUGGGCAUGCACAUCUCCAAUGUGGAGACUCAUUCUGAAGCUGUCGUCAACAAUGUUGAAUCUCUGAAGUCAGAGAUGACUGAACUCAAGGAAAACAUGGUGGCGAUGAAGGAUGAGAUGAAGGAGGAGCUAGUGGCCACAAGAGCCGCACUUUUUUCAUUCCUAGAAAAGUUUGGAGUCACUCAACCUCCUGCUGCUGCGCCUACACCAUCUGCUCCUGCUGCUGCGCCUACACCAUCUGCUCCUGCUGCUGUGCCUAGACCUUCAACACCUUCAGCUGCUGUCUCUAAUGCUACACUUACAGUGAUUAAAGAUAAUCAAGCUAUGCUAGAUAAGUGGUGUGCAGCUUAUUUAGGACAC